AUGGAUAUGACUUCAACAGCGGAAGCUGCCGCCCGCAGCUGGUAUGAUAAUCCGCGUUUGGGCAGCUCUCCGCAAGCGAAUGGCCUGGGCGGCGCCGGCUUGGGACAUCACGCCCUCACAGCCGCUGGCACCACAGCGAUGGGCGGUGGCGCUGGCCUAGGCGGCGGCGGUGGUGGCGGCGGUGGCGGUCUUGGCGGCUUAGACAGCACCGAUAUGAGCGCCUUCUAUGCGCUGGAGAGCAAUGGCCAUCACAGACGCUACUAUCCGAGCUAUCAUCAGCACACAUCCCGUAUGCCAUCGUCCCAUACAUCACCGCAAGUGUGUCGGCCGCACUUUCAUCCGCCCCUCGGUUCGUGGCUUACCAGCGAGCAUAAAUCAUUCGCGCCCGCCAGCCCAUGGGGCAGUCCGUUUGCAUGCCCUCAAGAUCCGCAAGUGGACCAUAAAGUCGGCCAAAUUGGCCAAAGCCAUCAGACGACGGCGGGCCAACAUUCGUUUCCGUUCCCACCGACACCGCCAAAGGAUUCCACACCCGACUCAGUACAAACCGGUCCCUCGGAGUAUCAGGCCGUUGUGAACGCGUUCAUGCAUCAGGCGCAAUCGACUGGCACUACCUCAAUAGCGGACGCGAGUUGCGCGUUGGACAUCAAGCCUGCCAUACAGAACGGCGUUGGCAGCCUGACGCACAAUGGCAGCCAACAGUCGUCGUCGGCACCAAAGCAGCGUGAAGGUACCAACAACAAUAACAGUAAUAAUAAUAAUAACACAAACAACAACAACACAGCGAACAGCAGUAGUUCGCAUAAUAAUAACAACAACAGCAAUAACAACAAUUCCGCCUCAUCUGCAAAUAGCGGUAGUCACAACGUGCAUACGCACACCUCCAGCGCCAAUACCGUCUCCGCCCUUAACGGUUCAAGCCUCUUCGAUGGCACCGCUCAAGCGCACUACGCCAACAGUCUGGGCAAUAGCAGUAGUAGCAGUGGCGGUCUCGGUGUCGGUGUCGGUCUCGGCGGCAAUGGCCUCACAGCCAAUACAUCGCUCGGCAGUGCGGGUAGUAGCGCGAGCGCAAUGGGUGGCUAUGAUGGCAGUUAUGCUUCGUAUGCGGCGCAUCACCACCUGGCCAACACUUCGGCGGCGGUAGCACAUCAUCAGGCAGCUGCUGCAGCGGCGGCGGGUAUGUUUCAAAGUUCCUCAAUGGCAGCGGCGGCUGCAGCGCGGCAUAGCAUGUCGGGCGGUCAUCAUUCGCACCAUCACAUGAUGGGUGGUGCGUCGACGGGUGCGGGCCUUGGUGCGACGUCUGGUCUGGGGCAAGGCCAUGGUGGUAUAGGUGGUGGUAGCGGUGGCGGCGGCGGCGGUGGCGCUGGCCUAGGUGGUCUGAGCGGUGGCAGUAUGGGUGGCAAUAUGUCGGGUAAUCAUAUCCAUGGGCAUGGUCAUAGUCACAGUCACACGCACGGGCAUGCGCACAGUCAUAGUCAGGAUGUGAAGCCGGCGCGAACGAAACCAAGGACCAGUGCUGAGGGUCGCGAAUGCGUCAACUGCGGUGCUACAUCGACGCCACUGUGGCGACGCGAUGGCACCGGCCACUAUUUGUGCAAUGCCUGUGGACUGUAUUAUAAAAUGAACGGCCAAAAUCGCCCACUAAUCAAACCAAAGCGAAGACUGACACUGCAGUCACUGCAAAGUGCCGCGAAGCGAGCGGGGACAUCGUGUGCGAAUUGCAAAACCACAACGACAACCCUUUGGCGGCGGAACGCCAGCGGUGAGCCAGUGUGUAAUGCUUGCGGGCUCUACUACAAGUUGCAUAAUGUCAACCGUCCGCUCACCAUGAAGAAGGAGGGCAUUCAAACGCGAAAUCGCAAACUAUCCUCCAAGUCGAAAAAGAAGAAGGGCCUGGGUGGUGCUUGUUUACCCAUUGGCAGCCAUUUGGGUAUGGGAGAUUUCAAGCCACUCGAUCCCUCAAAGGGCUUCGGCGGCGGUUUUCCAGCAUCGAUGGCCCAACAUGGCCAUCUUUCCAGUGGUUUACAUCCCGCACAUGCGCACAUGCACGGCGGCUGGUAUACCGGCGGCAUGGGCGCCUUGGGUGCUUCUAGUGGCCUGCAGAGUGGCUUCUCGACGGCGGGUUCGCUGGGUGGCGGUGUGGUGCCACAUUCGCAGCCGUAUCAUCUCGGUUUGGGUUCGAUGGGCACUUGGCGUACUGAUUAUACGUGAUGGAGCGGGAACAAUUUGAAUAAUAAUUUAUUCAAUUGAAAGUAAACAAGGCGAAGACUUCGCAAAAACCAAAACUAAGCAAUAAACACGCAAGCAAAGCGUUUAAUGCAAGCAAACAAUAAGAGAAAAAUACCAGUGAACCAAAAAUGUCAAU